AUGUCAAUGUCAUCUUCUAUACACAUAAAAAUGAAUGUCAGAUCAACAAAUGCAGCUUGCCCUCUCGAAAUAAGAAAGCAAUGGAGUUAUAGUGCGCAAUUUAAAAAUGGUCCAAAAUAUUGGGGUGAAACUUUCCCAGCAUGUUAUGGACGGAAACAAUCGCCGAUUAAUAUUGUGACUGCAGAUGUUGUAAAAGAUGAAAAUCUAGAAAGACUGCAGCUUACUAACUACGACAAACCACUUACAAGAGCUAUUUAUGAAAAUAANGGGAAGUCAGUGCAGUAUAUUAAAAAUAGAAUGGGCCCAAGGAUUGAGCCUUGCGGCACACCUGCUUGUAUCAUUCUGCUUGUCGAGUAAUGCUCGUUUAUUUUGAUUUGGAAAGUCCUAUUUAAUAAAUAGUCGUUGAUGAUGUGGAUGAAAUCCGUCGGCAACUUAUGGCGAAUCAUUUUGACGAUUAGUCCGAUGUGCCAUACCCUGUCAAACGCCUUAGCGACGUCCAACAUGAGUACGGCUGUGGCUUG